AAGUUUUUACACAUUCGAGGCAAGAUGUGCGGCUAAUUUGCUAGCGGUUGUCUGGGAACUUCAUCCCCCAGAAAGGACGUUCCUCUUCUGCGCGAAGAGAGCAGCACAGCCUCUAGAAGAAAGUCUGCGGUUGGACAUUUCUUGCAUGCUUUCCGACAGACAUGCCUUUGUGUUAGGAGGUGAUGGCGGCGGACGUGCAUAAAAAUACCCGCGAGGAGAAGCGUUAUGACGGUCAGGAGGGACCACCGACUCGGGGCUCCGGCUGCUGGAUCUCCGCACGGACGUCCACCCUGCUACUGGUUCUUGCCGUUCCUCUUCUGGCUUGGGGCGUCAAGUACUAUCAAGAAGCCCACCUUCUAAAAAGACACGAGGAGAGCGUGCGGACUUUGGGUGCCGAGGGGCUUUUUCUCUUCUCCUCUUUAGAUGUCAACCAUGACCUCUAUCUCAGUCCUGAGGAGUUUAAACCCAUUGUGGAGAAACUCACAGGGGUUACACCUCCAGGGGACAUUGAAGAUGAGGUCAUUGAAGACCCAGACGGGGAGACUUUAAUACUGGAGGCCAAAAUGGAGCCUCUGCUCAUGGACUCCAUGACAAAAAGCAAAGAUGGAUUCCUUGGGGUCUCUCAUAGCUGCCUGAGUGGUCUGCGCUCAUGGAAGAGUCCAGCUGUGCCUUCCUCUUCCUUCUUCGCCAGCCAGUUCAAGGUCUUCCUCCCCCCAAAGAACAAGCAGGAGGUAGGAGACAUCUGGUGGGUGAUCCCCGGCGAGCUCAACAUCUUCACUGGCUACCUGCCCAACAACCGCUACCACCCUCCCACGCCGAAGGGGAAAGAGGUUUUCAUUCACUCCCUGCUGACCAUGUUUCACCCCCGACCCUUCAUAAAAUCUCGUUUUGCACCUCAAGGCACCCUCGCGUGCAUCCGCGCCCGUAACGAAUUUUAUUACGACAUCGUAUUUAGGAUUCACGCCGAAUUCCAGCUAAACGAAGUCCCCAACUUUCCUUUCUGGUUCACGCCGGGUCAAUUCACAGGCAACGUGGUCCUCUCCAAAGACGCCUCGCACGUUCGCCACUUUCACCUCUACGUCCCCAGUGACAAGUCUCUAAAUGUGGACAUGGAGUGGCUUUAUGGUGCAAGUGAGAGCAGCAACAUGGAGGUGGACAUCGGGUUCCUACCAAAGCUGGAGUUGCAGUCCACCGGGCCAUCCAUUCCCUCCAUCAUCACGGACAAGGAGGGCAACGUCAUCGACAGCCGAGCUAGCGGCGCCGAGCCGAUUCAGUUCGUCUUUGAGGAUAUCGACUGGAGCGCUGAAAUUGACCGGAAAGAAGCCGCCCGUCGCCUCGACGUCACCCUAUAUCCGUUCAAGAAGGUUUCCUACCUGCCUUUUUCGGAGGUCUUCCAGCGAGCCGAGGUAGAAAAAAAGUUGGUGCAUUCUAUUCUGCUUUGGGGAGCGCUGGACGACCAGUCCUGCUGAGGUUCUGGGCGGACUCUCCGGGAAACUGUCCUGGAAAGUUCGCCCGUUCUGGCUUUGCUUAACCAAAGCUUUGUGAGCAGCUGGUCUCUAGUCAAAGAGUUGGAGAACAUGCAGGCUGAUGAGCGGAGCCCAGCGCUGAGCGAAAAGGCCCGCUUGCACCUCGACAAGUACACCUUCCCCGUGGAGAUGAUGGUCGCCCUGCCGAAUGGAAGCGUUGUCCAUCACAUCAAUGCUAACUUUUUCCUGGACCAGACGUCCAUGAAGCCUGAGGAGGGGGAGCAGGAGGGAACCACUUUCAGCUUCUCCGGGGAGUUUGAAGACCCCUCCACUUCCACUUACAUCAGUUUCCUGAGGGAGGGGCUGGAGAGGGCUAAGGAGUACCUGGAAGAGUAGUGUGUGUGCGUAAGUGUGUGUGAUAUGAAAACAUCUCCAGAAUUUAAGUCAGAAAACACUGAGAGCUGCUAUUUUUUUUUUUUUUUAGAUUGCAAACGUCAACAUUAAGAUAACCCAUUAAGAUUAUUGUGCAGUUUUGUGUUACAUUUCUAGAUGAAUCUAAGUUUGACCAUUUUGGGAGUAGUGUGGUUGAAGUGUAGCCUCCAGGCACCUUUCAGCAGUUUGUGACGGUGCUGCCUGAAAGCUCUUCAGGGGCUGGGCAGAACCUGAUGAUAGUUGCUGAUGAAGCGUUUCGGAGGAAACACCACUUAACUCACUCCCUCUCCCGCCAUGAGUUUGUGUCGGUCAGUCACGGUGGGAAUAUUUGGUAGCUUUUUCGGAGAGUCAGUGCAAUGCAAAGUAUCAAAAUACACUAACAAGAACAGUUUGAGCAUAUUUGAUGAUGUUUAUGAAGAUGUGUUUUCUUGAAGUUACAUUUUUUGUCUGUUUAUCAGGUGCUUUUUUUAGUUUGCCAAAGGGGAGAUACACAAAACCAAAGAACAUUGUUAUUAUUUAUAGCAGUUGACUCGCAGCUUUUUGCAAAUCAAUCCGACAAGCUGCCUAACCCCCAAAAAACCAAUUUGGUUAAAGGCAAAGCGACACAGUUGAUGUCCUCUCGACAGACCAAAUUAUUGAUCUUAUUUCCUGU